AUGCAAGAUAAGAUGUGCGAGCGAGCCACGAGCUUCGGCGGUCAACUACAAAGGAGGACAAAAAUUCGCCCGUCAUUUUAUCAAGAUUCCAUAAUUCAACAAUUGCAACGUUUUACAGGAACCGGAGUGACGCGACAAAAUGUAUAUGGAAAAUUCAAGCUCGCGGGCGUAAAACUUCGUCACAAACAUUUUUCGUACAGUAAACAUCAUGAUCGAUAUAAUUCAACGUCAAGUUCUAAUGAAAAUUCAUCGAAAGCCGAUGCAUCGGAUGAAAACGCGAAAAACAAGCCCAUUUUAAAGGAAUUGGUGUACGGUCGAACACGUAUUUAUACAGCAUUGCCACCGGCCUCUUCCCACUCUCCAACAAACUCAAAGUCAUCUCCCGCGACAUCCUCUCCAAUAUACUGGCAAUGGCAAUCACAAACUUCCAAUGCUGGUGGCGUUCCAGAAGAAAGGGGUCCGGUGUCUAGCUUCAUCGGUAGCAUCAAACAAAGUCUAAGUGCAAUGUUUCUUCCGGUCGGGUUUCCAGACACCGUACACGAGUGCUACACUAAAUUUCACAUAUGGUUGGCAUUAGAAACGUUCAUAGGGUCAUCGACAGGUGUUCUGUGUAGUCAAGCAAUGUUGUCAUCAUUGGGUUUGGGUCAAAUGGAAGCAGCCGCCGGUGCAGUCGCAAUUCAGUGGGUUCUCAAAGAUGGAUUUGGUGAAAUAGGAAAAUUAUUUUUUAUAAAGAGAUUUGCGUAUUCCUUCGACUCCCAUCCUAAAACAUGGAAAAUGAUUAGUGAAAUAUUUGCUAUCGUAGGGUAUUUCCUCCAAUUAAGCACUUGUGUUGCAAAACCUUCACUUUUCCUACCGUUGGCUUCUCUGGGUAACGCAUGCGAAAGCAUCCAGUACAGCAUCUUCGGAGCAACACAUAUGGCGUUUGUCAGAAACUUUGCACUUUCUGGUAACGUCGGUGAUAUCGUCGCCAAGGAUGACGCGCAGAUGUCUUUUGCACAUUUGCUCGGGAUGCUCUCUGGUGUUGCCAUGAUUACUAUUUCACAUGAUCCGGUCGUUCUGUUCACAUGGUUUACCGUUCUUGCACCAUUCAACAUAUAUGCAACACUAUCUCUUCUGAACGCUGCGCAAUUUGAGAUAUUGAACCAAGCGAAAUUAUCGUUAAUUGCCAGGCAGUACAUUGAUUGUGACAAGGUACCAACCAUGGAAGAGCUUAAGGAUAGAGAGAUUGGGUUUGGGGAAUGGAUCAGGCCAGGGAAAAGCCCCAUUGGGGUUAAAAUGCGAUUGGGAGUUACCGCCUCUGAAGCAUUUCGUCGAACCGAGGAUAUGAUGAAUGCGUUGAAAGUAUUAGAGAACGAAAAUUACUUGCUAAGUUAUCACCCACACUCAAACACAAUUCAUACACUCUAUCAUUCGGAUGCUGAAUCCAAUGACGUUAUAAAGUCCAUACUUCACUCGCUCAAAUUUCAUGACACCGUCACCAAGGGCGACAAUGAUAAUACCGAAAGCAUCGUAGAUUCAAUGCGAGUAAGUCACGAAUGGACGAAUGAAAGGUUUGGAAAUUUUGUAGCGGAAUUGGAUGAUAAAGAUUGGCAGAGUGACGUGAUUUUUUGGUUAGACAGAGGAUUCAGGGUCAAAUGGGAGCGUAGCAAAGACAAAGAAAAGACGAUAUAG